UUCAUGCGAGGCCCCCGAGCUUUAUAUAAAUGCCGGGUCGGCGCCUUAACUCCUCCCCCGGAGCCUCUCUCCCUCCCGUCCAUCACCACCUGCUGCUCCGCGCUCGCUCGCCGGCCACGCGCCACCUGCGGCCGGCCAUGCUGCAGGCGGUGCGCUACCUGCUGGGCUCCCCCGGCGCCACGGGCUUCGGCUCCAAGUCCACCGCCGAGGACGUCACGGCCGCGUGCCCGGACCUCGGCGCGCUCACCGCCAUCAUCACCGGCGCCACGUCGGGGAUCGGGGCCGAGACGGCGCGGGUCCUCGCCAAGCGCGGCGCGCGGGUCGUCAUCCCGGCCCGGAGCGUCAAGGCCGCCGAGGACAUGCGCGCGCGCAUCCGGGACGAGUGCCCCGGCGCGGACGUCCUCGUGCUGCCGCUCGACCUCAGCUCGCUCGCCUCCGUCCGCGCCUUCGCCGACCGCUUCCUCGCGCUCGGCCUCCCGCUCCACCUCCUCAUCAGAAACAAUGCCGGCAAGUUCUCGCACGGGCAGCUGGCGCUCUCGGAGGACGGCGUCGAGAUGACCUUCGCCACCAACUACCUUGGGCACUUCCUGCUGACGAAGCUGCUGCUGGGUCGGAUGGCGGAGACGGCGGCGGAGUCGGGCGUGCAGGGCCGCAUCGUGAACGUGUCGUCGAGCGUGCACGGCUGGUUCGCCGGCGACUGGGCCGAGUACCUCGACCUCGUCACCCGACGCAAGAUAGCCUACGACGCGACGCAGGCGUACGCGGUGUCCAAGCUCGCCAACGUGCUGCACACCAGGGAGCUCGCCGCGCGGCUGCAGGAGACGGGCGCCAACGUGACGGUGAACUGCGUCCACCCGGGCAUCGUCAGGACCCGCCUCAACCGCGACCGCGACGGCAUCCUCACAGAUCUGGUGUUCUUGCUGCUGUCCAAGCUGCUGAAGACGAUCCCUCAGGCUGCGGCGACCACGUGCUACGUGGCGGCCCACCCGAGGGUGGCCGGCGUGUCCGGCCGCUACUUCGCCGACUGCAACGAGGCGCUGCCGUCGCCGGCCGCCACCAACCGCCACGAGGCCGAGCGACUCUGGCGCAUCUCCGAGGCCAUCAUCGGCGGGACGGCAGCGCUCCCCUGACAUUCCCGGCGCACGCAGCAGCACCGCCGGCCCGUCCAACCUGAGUCCAUGUCAUGCCAUGCCACGAAUCCAUGACAAACUCCUGUACAAUACUUAUACAUAAUAGCAUACUAUCUCUCUAGCUAGCUUUAAUUACUCCUAUAAUACAAGCACUAGUAUACUUACUCCAACAACUAUACUGUUAUUAGCAGAUUAGCGAGGUACCUACCUGUAAGGCUGUAUGUAACUUAUUGAGGGCUGUUAUUAGACUGUC